AAAACAGAAGAGAAGUCGAGAAUGCUCAGAACGAUUGCGUUGGUGGAGCCGGAGAACGCUUGGCAGCCCCGCGACUUGGCCCUUGGAACCGUCAGACUCGAGGGAGUCACUCACUAGACACUAGGGUUCGCGAUGGAAAUGGAGGAAGAUAUUUUAAACAAUCCUGCAAUGGAAAAGGAUCCUCUGAGAAGCGCUACGUUCCAACGCUUGAAAUCAUUGUCCUUGCAACUUCUGCAGCUUUUGCAGAACCCUCACACUGUCACUCACGCCCACGCUCCUAUCACUCACCUCCUUCACUUCCUUCAGACUUCUUCUCCCUCCAAUUUGCAGCCCUUCUUCGACUACACUUUGUUUCCAUUACUUUUGCUUCUCGAUGCAGCAAUUCAAUGCAGAUCUACUCAGAAAGUUGAUUCUCAAGAAAAGUUUACUAUGUCAGAUAUUCCAAACUCAACCCUGAAAGUGAGUGAUAGUGUGGCUGAAGGUGUAGUUAACUGUUUGCAAGAGCUUCUGAGGAAGUGCUGUUUGAUGUCUGUGGAACAGAUGGUUGUGCUAUUAAAGAAGUUAACGUAUGGGGCCUUGCUUACCCCUGCUGAGGCUUCAGAGGAGUUUCGUGAAGGAAUUAUUUUGUGUUUCAGGGCACUGCUUAUGGGUUUAUCUCCCUGUUCUGAUGUGUCUUGUUCAUGUAAACAAAUUUCUGGCAUGCCUGCACUUUCAGAUGACCUUCAUAAUGAUGCAAUCCAUCAUAAAUGUUUCAAAUCUGGUUCAGAGUCAGAAGAAUGUUUACUUGCAUUUCUCCGAUCUCAAAGUGCAUCAGCUGCUGUUGGACAUUGGCUUUCACUUCUUCUCAAAGCUGCCGAUACAGAGGCUGCAAGGGGACAAAAGGGCUCAGCAAGACUUCGAAUUGAAGCAUUCAAAACUCUGAGGGUACUGGUUGCUAAGGUUGGUUCUGCAGAUGCAUUAGCCUUCUUUUUACCCGGUGUUGUUAGUCAAUUUGCUAAAGUCUUGCAUGGUGCAAAAACAAUGAUUAGUGGGGCAGCUGGAAGCAUGGAAGCUAUUGAGCAAGCGAUUAGAGGUUUAGCAGAGUUUCUUAUGUUAGUCCUUCAGGAUGAUGCUAAUGCAUUUGCCAUGGAUAAUGAAGUGACUUCAAACUUUGAUUCAAAUGGUCUUAAAUCCAGUAGUUCUCUUUUGAGGGAGCUUCGUCAUUUGCCAAUUAAAGAUAGCAUUAAGAUAAAAGCUGAGGAGGAUGGAAGUGUUGAGUCAAGGGAAAUCCCUUGCACACGAAGUCAACUUCAAGUAAUGGAGAGUACUGAUCCUUACAGGGAGAACUCGUCCUUUCAUGUGAAUCGAACAAAAGAUUGGGUGCAGAAAACAUCAGCACAUGUAAAAAAGCUGUUGUCUGCAACCUUUCCACAUAUCUGUAUUCACCCUUCACAUAAGUUGAGAAAAGGACUUGUUGAUGCCAUAAAAGGACUGUUACUGGAAUGCUGUCACACACUGGGGGAGAGUAGACUGAUGUUUUUGGAGUGCUUAUGUUCCUUAGUUGUGGAUGACUCUGAUGAUGUGUCUUUAACUGCUCAAGAUUUCCUUGAUUCGUUAUUUUUCUCACAACAUUCAAAAGCUCUUGUAGAACAUGAUGCUACAGAGAUAUUUAUCAGGCACCUUGAAAAGCUUCCCAAAAUGAUCCUUGGAAAUGAGGAAUCACUUGCAGUAUUACAUGCUCAGCAGUUACUAACAAUAAUAUUUUAUUCUGGUCCUCAUCUGUUGGUGGAUCAUCUCCAGUCUCCUGUGGGAGCUGCUAGAUUCCUAGAUGUGUUUGCAACUUGUCUAAGCCAUAAUUCAGUUUUUUCUGGUUCACUUGGUACACUCAUUUCAACAAGUAGAUCAUCAACAAUGGGAUACCUUCCCUCCAUUACUGAGUUGAAGUCUGGAGCUAGUUUCUUCAACUAUGGACUUCCUCGUAUAAAUUCUGGUUUAUAUGAAUCCUCGAAGUUUAGCCUUAUUGAAGAAAACAGUAUACAAGAACCUCUGAAAACUCCCCAGAAGAACUAUGAACUUCCUCAUAUGCCCCCUUGGUUUAGUUAUGUUGGUAGUCCUAAACUAUACAAGCUGCUUGCUGGGAUUCUCCGACUCGUUGGUUUAUCUUUAAUGGCAGAUAGAAGUGAAGGGCUUCUGUCACAUGUGACUGAGACCCUUCUUGGUUACUUCCGUAAAUUGGUUUCUGAGCUCCGUUUGAAAGAGUACAAUAAAGAAAGCUGGCAGUUGUGGUAUGACAGGACUGGUUCAGGACAGUUAUUGCGGCAAGCAAGCACAGCUGUGUGCAUGCUCAAUGAGAUUAUAUUUGGUCUAUCAGAUCAAGCAAUCAAUGGUUUUUCUAGAAUGUUCCAUAGAUCUACUAAAAGAGGAGUCCAGCCUCAGUCUUACAAACUUGAUUGUACAUUUUCUGAAUCUUUGUGGAACAUGCCAAAGGAUAAAGUCAUAAGGAGUUAUUUGGUUGAUUGCAUUGGUGGGAUCUUACAUGAGUAUUUGUCUGCUGAGGUGUGGAAUUUACCACUUGAGUGCAGAGUAGCUGACAUGGACCUUAAUGUUCCAGUUGAAGAUAUUAGUCUAUACUUCUUUCAGGAUGUUGCUAUGCUACAUGAGGUUAUUAUUGACGGAAUUGGAAUCUUUAAUCUCUGCCUUGGAAGAGAUUUUGCUACAAGCGGUUUUCUUCAUACUUCUCUUUAUUUGCUGCUGGAAAAUCUCAGUUCUCCAAAUUUCCAUGUCAAAAAUUCUGCAGAUUCUGUCUUGCAUGUAGUUUCUGACAUGUCUGGCUAUCCAAUGGUUGGACAGUUAGUUUUGGAAAAUGCAGAUUACGUGAUUGAUUCAAUAUGUCGACAGUUGCGUCAUUUGGACCUUAAUCAUCGUGUUCCAAAUGUGCUAGCAUCCAUACUUUCGUACAUUGGAGUGGCUCACAAGAUAUUGCCUCUACUGGAUGAACCGAUGCAUGCUGUCUCAGUGGAACUUGAAAUACUAGCUAGACAUCAGCAUCCUGAUUUAACAAUUCCAUUCUUGAAGGCUGUAAGUGAAGUUGCCAAGGCUUCAAAACGUGAAGCUUGUGAAUUGCCCCCACAGGCAGAGUCACUUGCCUUACAUGUCAAGUCUGUAAUCUCAACUGCAGAAGAAACCUCACAAGAUCAGUGCGAGAUAAUCUUAUUCAAGUUAAAUGAUUCUAGAAGAUAUAGACAAACAGUUGGUUCUAUUGCUGGUUCAUGUGUUACUGCUGCAAUCCCUCUUCUGGCUUCAAACAAGCAAGAGAUAUGUUUGGCUUCCCUGGAUAUAAUUGAGGAUGCCAUGUUAGCAUUAGCAAAAGUUGAAGCAACAUAUAAACAUGAAAGAGAAAUUAGAGAAGCAACAGAAGAAAUGCUACAAUCACUAUCGUUGUAUCAGUUGAAGGAUUCUUUGGACGUUACUAAAGAAGGUGUUGAUGAAAAUAGGCUGCUACCAGCAAUGAAUAAAAUAUGGCCAUUCCUGGUAACUUGUAUUCAGAACAGGAACCCAGUGGCUGUCAGAAGAUGUUCGAGUGUUAUCAGCAAGCUGGUGCAAAUCUGUGGAGGAGAUUUCUUCACACGACGUUUCCAAACUGAUGGGAGGCACUUUUGGAAACUUCUUACCACAUCCUCAUUUCAGAAGUCCUAUUUCAAGGAGAAGACCCCUUUACUACUUCCUUAUAGAAGCAGUACCAUGACUUCAGAGGAUUCACUGGCUGAGACUUCCUAUAUCAAGGUUCAGAUUGCACUGCUUAACAUGAUUGCAGAUUUGUGCCAAAAUAAGAGAAGCGCCCCAGCAUUACAACUUGUUCUGAAGAAAGUAAGCGGUCUAGUUGUAGGGAUAGCUUGUAGCAGCGUUAUUGGACUCCGCAAGGCUUCUCUGAAUGCCCUCCAUGGGCUUGCAUCUAUUGAUCCUGAUCUGGCGUGGCUUCUCGUAGCUGAUAUCUACUACACUAUGAAGAAGACAGAAAUAUUUUCUCCACCUAGACCAGAUUUACCUGAGAUAUCUGAAAUUCUCCCCCUUCCCACUUCUCCUAAAGAGCAUCUAUAUGUGCAGUAUGCAGAGCAGAGUUCUGGUUUUGACAUAGAUUUAGCCUCUUUGGAGGUUGUUUUCCAAGACAUUAAUUCUCAGUAUCAAAUGUACAGGUGAUAUCCGAAUUUGGUCAUGGAAAACCAUGUGGCUCAUGUCUUUUAUCGAGGCUAAUCUCAUGAAACUCAUACCAUCUAUUUAUAAUAUAUUAAAACAGAGACCAAGUAACUCUCAAUAUAUCCGUAAUCUUUUAACUUUUU